CCACUUGAAAUGUUGAUAUUUGAGCGGUUGGCAGCCAGCUAGCAGAGUGGAAUUUGGCCGUCACGCUGUGAGUGUGUUUUUUACUAGUACGGACCUACGGUACGCUUGAACAGCUGACUUUGUUUGUGCUUACGAGAAGUGUAGUUCAUCGAUCGAUGAAUGCUGGUCAGAUUCUAGCUCUCACAAGUGCACACUGCACUGGGCAUUUGUGACUGACGUUUCAAGUAAUAUUAAUUUUAAAUUUUGGAGGGUGUGUUCCUGAACAAGGUGCAGUCCGGGAAAUACUUGCUGAGCAUUAGAUUGUCUGGGUUUUCCGGCAGACCAAAGAAGAUAAUAAUUAUGGCCUCUGCUAGAUCAACUGUGAAGCGACUUUUGGUGUCGCCGGCUGCAGGCGGUGUACGAUGCCUGGCGACAUCGGCGGCACGCCAAUCGGCAGGAGCUCCGCCAGCUCCGAAAUAUUACGAACUGCGCACGUACGACAUAAAGCAGAGCAAAUGGGACGAGUUCGUGCGCUUGACGACGGAGAAGAUCCACAUGAGAUUCGCGGCGUCCAAGUGCAACGUUUAUCUGUGCGCGGACCCCGGCCCGGAGCCGCGGCGCAGGCCGUUCAACGAGGUGACGCACAUCUGGGAGUACGACGACUUGGUGCAGCGCGCCGGCGUGCGUAAGAGCCUGGGAAGUGAUAAGCAGUGGCUGGCAGACUAUCUACUACCGAUGCUGGACACAGCUGCCGCCCAUCAGUCCAACAGUGUCAUGCUCCCAGCACCCUGGUGGCCUCUACGGCCGUCCACUGACGGUCGCAAUCACUUCGCCGUGCGCAAAACGCAGCUGCACCCGGGAAAAACCGGCGCCUGGUCAGAGGCAGUGAAGGACGAGCUAGCAGGCGAAGGCGACAACGCGCCACUGGGCGUGUGGGUGACGGACAUCGGCGAUCUGGACUCGGUGCACGAGCUGUACUCGUACCCGAGCCACACCGCCCUCGUCGAACAUCAGCAGCACCGCGAUCGUGAGGCCGUGAAGUUUGACGGCACGCUCAUUAAGGAGCGACGGUGGAGCGCAUACGUGCUGGCGCCUUGGUCGACUUGGUCUGUCUGAGUCAGGUUGCUAUUGUUGGAUGCGUUCAUUUGAUCAGCUGACCUAAGAACAGUCGCACUCGGAUAACGGGGUAUUCUAGCCUUUCAUUUUGUCGUUCUGGCAUGCUGUGAUAUUCUAUGCUCUCAUUUUUGUUUUGUCAAUUCCUAUUGGUGAAUUUUACUUUCUAGUUUUGCUCAGGUUGAGUUCUGUGCAGUUCAACCGUUCAUGUAUGUUACUUGCAGUUAUGUUUUACCAUGAUCAGGGCUCUUGACUGGACGAUUUCUUUGUCCAAACUGCUUGUCUUCUCACCCUA